GCGUUCACCUCGCAUGGCACCGCACAUAGUAAAAUAGUAUCCCGUUAUCGCAGCAGCUUCGUCUUCUUUCUAGUCCGCACGCACGAGGCCACCAACCCCACCUUCGUGCUCACCCGGCCAAUUCCAGCGGUCAACACCACCAUUCGAAUCACGGUCCACUCCAAUUCCCAGUUCCUCACCCACCGUGGUUGCGCUACCUAUUUAAAUCCUUCCCUCUCCUCCAUUUCCAUCCAAGAAGAGCAUCCCUCACUUCUCCUGCUCCAACGAGCUCUUCUCUCUUACGGCUGCUCCACACAUUCAUCAGCCAAUAGCCACAUCAAAAAUCCAGCUAACACAGUAAACAUCACCAGUCUCUAGUCUCUAGUCUGUACUCCAGCUCCCCUCUCUCACAACUGCUCCAAGGAGACUUCAAGACAAAGUGUCGAUCGAACCAAUGGCAACCAAUGGCAACGACGGUUUGUGCUUGGCGAAGCCGCGGAGUGCUGACCCGCUCAACUGGGGGAAGGCGGCGGAGGAGCUGUCAGGGAGCCAUCUGGAUGCCGUCAAGCAGAUGGUGGAGGAGUACCGCAAGCCGGUGGUGGUCAUGGAGGGCGCAAGCUUGACCAUAGCCCAGGUCGCAGCUGUGGCCGCGGCUGGCGAGACAAGGGUGGAGCUCGACGAGUCCGCUCGCGGCCGCGUCAAGGAGAGCAGCGACUGGGUUAUGACCAGCAUGGCAAACGGCACCGACAGCUACGGUGUCACCACCGGUUUCGGCGCCACCUCCCAUCGGAGGACCAAGGAGGGCGGCGCUCUGCAGAGGGAGCUCAUCCGGUUCCUUAACGCCGGUGCGUUCGGCACUGGCAGCGACGGCCAUGUGCUGCCCGCGGCCACCACGCGUGCGGCGAUGCUUGUCCGCGUUAACACCCUUCUUCAAGGCUACUCUGGCAUCCGCUUUGAGAUCCUCGAGACCAUCGCCACGCUGCUCAAUGCCAACGUGACACCGUGUCUGCCGCUCCGGGGCACCAUCACGGCUUCCGGUGAUCUCGUCCCGCUCUCCUACAUCGCGGGACUUGUCACCGGCCGCCCAAAUGCCGUGGCUGUUGCUCCCGAUGGCACAAAAGUUAAUGCUGCCGAGGCAUUUAAGAUUGCCGGUAUCCAACACGGCUUCUUUGAGUUACAGCCCAAGGAAGGCCUUGCUAUGGUUAAUGGCACGGCGGUGGGCUCCGGGCUCGCGUCCAUUGUUCUCUUUGAAGCCAACAUCCUUGGUGUCCUUGCUGAAGUUUUGUCAGCCGUGUUCUGCGAGGUGAUGAAUGGCAAGCCAGAGUACACCGACCACCUGACACACAAGUUGAAGCACCAUCCUGGACAGAUCGAGGCUGCGGCCAUCAUGGAGCACAUCCUGGAGGGCAGCUCCUACAUGAUGCUCGCGAAGAAACUUGGUGAGCUCGACCCAUUGAUGAAGCCAAAGCAAGACAGAUAUGCUCUUCGCACAUCGCCGCAAUGGCUUGGGCCACAAAUUGAGGUCAUCCGUGCAGCGACGAAGUCGAUCGAGCGCGAGAUCAACUCUGUCAAUGACAACCCACUCAUUGACGUGUCUCGUGGGAAGGCAAUCCAUGGUGGCAACUUUCAGGGCACGCCCAUCGGUGUGUCCAUGGACAACACGAGGCUUGCCAUUGCUGCAAUUGGCAAGCUCAUGUUUGCCCAAUUCUCGGAGCUAGUGAACGACUUCUACAACAAUGGCUUGCCCUCCAACCUCUCUGGUGGUCGCAACCCAAGCCUGGACUAUGGCUUCAAGGGUGCCGAGAUCGCCAUGGCAUCAUACUGCUCGGAGCUUCAAUUCUUGGGCAACCCUGUGACCAACCACGUCCAGAGUGCGGAGCAACACAACCAAGACGUUAACUCCCUUGGAUUAAUCUCGGCCCGGAAGACCGCUGAGGCCAUCGACAUUCUGAAGCUCAUGUCCUCUACGUUUUUGGUUGCGCUCUGCCAAGCCAUCGACCUGCGCCACCUCGAGGAGAAUGUCAAGAACGCAGUCAAAAGUUGUGUCACAAGAGUGGCUAGGAAGACCCUAAUCACAAAUGACAUGGGUGGCCUCCACAACGCUCGUUUUUGUGAGAAGGACCUGCUCCAGACAAUCGACCGCGAGGCAGUGUUUGCGUAUGCAGACGACCCUUGCAGCGCCAACUACCCUCUCAUGAAGAAGAUGCGUGCGGUGCUGGUGGAGCACGCCCUGGCCAAUGGUGAGGCUGAGCGCAACGUGGAAACCUCGGUGUUUGGCAAGGUUGCCAAAUUCGAGCAGGAGCUCUGUGCUACACUACCUCAGGAGGUUGAGGCUGCUAGAGGUGCAGUGGAGAAUGGCACCGCCGCAGAACCAAACCGUAUCGUAGACUGCCGGUCAUACCCUCUGUACCGGUUUGUGCGCGAGGAGCUGGGCACGGUGUACUUGACCGGAGAGAAGACUCGGUCACCCGGCGAGGAGGUGGACAAAGUGUUCGUUGCCAUGAACCAGGGUAAGCACAUCGAUGCGCUGCUGGAGUGCCUCAAGGAGUGGAACGGCGAGCCCCUCCCUAUCAGCUAAUCAAUGAGAUGAAGAGAAGAUGCCGUGCUUCACUAAUUCUGAAAACUGAUAAUACUGUUCUUUUAUUUUAUUUUAUUUUUCCUCUUCUAAAGAGCUGAUGCAUUAACGUUCUUCCGGAGCUAGAGCUUCUGCUUAUGUAAGUGAAAGGGUAUAAAUUUUCAUGACAAAUGUUCAAGUUGUUGAAAUGAAUCCAAAGAAGCCAGAGCUGUAUCAACAAGUACAUUGAUGUACCACAUUGCAUUGCAAGUCAUCGAACAAUUAGAUUAUCAUACAUGUUCAGGCA